UACCCCGUGGUGCCGUGCGGCGCUGGCCGCUCCCGGAUGUGUGCCUGGCGCCGGAAGAGAAGACGGCCCCCCUCUCUCGGCCCGGCCAUCUUGUGGGAAGAGCUGAAGCAGGCGCUCUUGGCUCGGCGCGGCCCGCUGCAAUCCGUGGAGGAACGCGCCGCCGAGCCACCAUCAUGCCUGGGCACUUACAGGAAGGCUUCGGCUGCGUGGUCACCAACCGAUUCGACCAGUUAUUUGACGACGAAUCGGACCCCUUUGAGGUGUUGAAGGCAGCAGAGAACAAGAAAAAAGAAGCCGGCGGGGGCGGCGUUGGGGGCCCCGGGGCCAAGAGCGCAGCUCAGGCCGCAGCCCAGACCAACUCUAACGCGGCAGGCAAACAGCUGCGUAAAGAGUCCCAGAAAGACCGCAAGAACCCACUGCCCCCCAACGUCGGCGUGGUUGACAAGAAAGAGGAGACGCAGCCGCCCGUGGCGCUUAAGAAAGAAGGAAUAAGACGUGUUGGAAGAAGACCUGAUCAACAGCUGCAGGGUGAAGGGAAAAUAAUUGAUAGGAGACCAGAAAGGCGACCACCUCGUGAACGGCGAUUUGAAAAGCCACUUGAAGAAAAGGGUGAAGGAGGAGAAUUUUCAGUUGAUAGACCGAUUAUUGAUCGGCCUAUCCGAGGCCGUGGUGGUCUUGGAAGAGGUCGAGGAGGCCGUGGACGUGGAAUGGGCCGAGGAGAUGGAUUUGAUUCUCGUGGCAAACGUGAAUUUGAUAGGCAUAGUGGAAGUGAUAGAUCUUCUUUUUCACAUUACAGUGGCCUGAAGCACGAAGACAAACGUGGAGGUAGCGGCUCUCACAACUGGGGAACUGUCAAAGAUGAAUUAACAGAGUCCCCAAAAUACAUUCAGAAACCAAUAUCUUAUAAUUGCAGUGACUUGGAUCAAUCAAAUGUGACUGAGGAAACACCUGAAGGUGAAGAACAUCCAGUUGCAGACACUGAAAAUAAGGAGAAUGAAGUUGAAGAAGUAAAGGAAGAGGGUCCAAAAGAAAUGACUUUGGAUGAGUGGAAAGCUAUUCAAAAUAAGGACCGGGCAAAAGUAGAAUUUAAUAUCCGAAAACCAAAUGAAGGUGCUGAUGGGCAGUGGAAGAAGGGAUUUGUUCUUCAUAAGUCAAAGAGUGAAGAGGCUCAUGCUGAAGAUUCGGUUAUGGACCAUCAUUUCCGGAAGCCAGCAAAUGAUAUAACGUCUCAGCUGGAGAUCAAUUUUGGAGACCUUGGCCGCCCAGGACGUGGUGGCAGGGGAGGGCGAGGUGGCCGUGGGCGUGGUGGACGUCCAAACCGUGGCAGCAGAACUGACAAGUCAAGUGCUUCUGCUCCUGAUGUAGAUGACCCUGAGGCAUUCCCAGCUCUGGCUUAACUGGAUGCCAUAAGACAACCCUGGUUCCUUUGUGGACCCUCCCAUCUGAGGUUUUGCAUGCUUAAGGAUCCCAAACGACUUAAGAAUUUAAAAAAAAAAAAAAAAAAAAAGACUGUCAUUCAUACCAUUCACACCUAAAGACUGAAUUUUAUCUGUUUUGAAAAUGAACUUCUCUCGCUACACAGAAGUAACAAUAUGGUAGUCAGUUUUGUAUUUAGAAAUGUAUUGGUAGCAGGGAUGUUUUCAUAAUUUUCAGAGAUUAUGCAUUCUUCAUGAAUACUUUUGUAUUGCUGCUUGCAAAUAUGCAUUUCCAAACUUGAAAUAUAGGUGUGAACAGUGUGUACCAGUUUAAAGCUUUCACUUCAUUUGUGUUUUUUAAUUAAGGAUUUAGAUGUUCUCUCAAUUACAAACUGGUUUUAAAUAUUGGACAUAAUAUCAGUUUUAAUACCUGCUUUGCAUUUUCACACAUGGUCAACUGGGUCAUGUAAACUUUGAUUUGUCAAAUUUUAUGCUGUGUGGAAUACUAAUACUACUAUAUGUAUUUUAACUUAGUUUUAAUAUUUUCAUUUCUGGGGAAAAUCUUUUUUCACUUCUCAUGAUAGCUGUUAUAUAUGCUAAAUCUUUAUAUACAGAACUAUCAGUACUUGAACAAAUUCAAAGCACAUUGGUUUAUUAACCCUUGCUCCUGCAUGGUUCAUUAGGUUCAAAUUUAUAAUUGAUUGACAAUUUCACCUAUAUUUACUUUUAAAAUGUGUGACUGUCCCCCAUUUUAAAAACCAAACUAGACACCUUGUUGGUGAAGGUUUAAGCUACUUGUUGGUACACAUCCUAUCAAGUGAAGUAGUUUUAUGGGUGUUGGGUUUUUUCCUCUCCAAAGGGUGGGUGGAACAAGUUGAUUUGGCUACUGCGUACUAUUUAAACUGUUCUGUAAAAUAAGUGUCUGGCCACUCAGUAUGAUUUGUGUGUGGAAGGUCCCAAAUCAAAAUUGUUCUUCCAUAAUCAACAGCCUUUUAACCCUUGCUUUUUUCUUAAGAAACCAAAGGGCACUGGUUUGUAUGGUAAGAUUGGGGGGGGGCGGGGGUAUGUUAAUUUUUGGAAUUUGGAGAGCAGACAGCUUUACUUAUAAGGUUGGAACAGCAGCACCGUCCUUGAAAUAUAAACCAAAAAUCUUACUGUUUCUGAAUUUCCUAUAUUGCUAUUAAUUUUGGUCUUAAGUUGAUAGAUGACUGUUCCACAGAAAGUGACAAGUAAGUAUCUUUUACCUCUUCCUCAGAAAAUUAGGUUAAUGGGUUCCUUGAAUAGGAGCAUACCACAUACAUGGAGAGAAUUCUCAACAAACAGAUCAGAUAUUCUAGGAUUUUUUUUUUUUUUUUUUUUGGUCACAUUUAUUGGUAAACAGGAAAGGAACUUAAUGUACAGUUUUAAAGAUCUUUUGUCACUCAGUAUUUUCUACCUGUGUAUGGUAAUGUCCAAUUUUAAAAAUACUGAAGAUCUUAAAUCAGAAUGUCUGCUAUUUAGCUGAUUAAUUCUCCCAUAUACUUCUAAAAGAGAAAUUGUACAGUACAAGAGUUAUUCAUUUGGAUUAGAUUUAUAAUCUAGUUACCUGUUAGUUUGACAUCUUAGGAAGGAGGUAAUUGGUUUUUAAUGAUGCAUAAACUUUUGUGCUGGUGUUUUGGAUCUUAUGAUGCUGAGCGUGUUCUGCACUGGUGCUAAUGUCUAAUAUAAUUUUAUAUUUACAAACAUACCUGCUACCCAGAGGCAAGUAUUAAUUUAGUCCAUAUGGACUAUUGACCCCUCUUGAGAUUGCAACAUACACCCUCCUAAAUCAUUGUGGUUAGACUUCCAAGUUCCUUAAACUUGUUUCUGGACGUGUAAUGUUUGUAAACCUUGAUUUUUAGCAACCUAUAGAAAGCACCUCCUAUUAAAAACACUUCACAAGUUCUACUUAGUGUCAGCCAUUGCUGGCAUUCUGUCACUGUAGAAUACAGCAAUAUCUGGUAUGUUGCAAGCUUUCAAGAUAGCCUGAACUUUAAAAAGUUGGUCCAUUAGUUGUAUCUGAUGGAUGUAAAUUUGCCUCCUAGUUCACUUUGUGUCAAGAGCUAAAACUGUGAACCUAACUUUCUCUUAUUGGUGGGUAAUAACUGAAAAUAAAGAUUUUAUUUUCAUGCUCA